AGUUGCUAAGUCUGGCAGGUUGCAUUUCAGCAGCACACUUGUUGGCCAUGUCAGUCUUCAUAAGAGUGACAGGUUUGAUUAGACUCUUUGAGAGAGACUGAUUCAAAAAUUCGGACAAAACAACAGCUUUCUGCCAAUUUGCAAUAUCAUAUUCACAAUCCAUUCCAGACUCAUCAAAGCUAAGGAAUAAAGGAUUUAACAUUUUAAUCCCCCCUGAGAAAAUGAAUUAGAAAAUUAUGUCUCUGAAAAGUGUGAUUUUUUUACUUGAAAAAGAGGAGUGGAGAACUAUUAGUGGAACUGACUACCAUGAAUGUUGUGUGACAGACCUUUCAAAUCCCAGGCAAUUCGCAUGCAAGAGAAUUCUUAUCAAAAUUCAAGGGCAAAUGAAAGGAUAAAACAAAUCUAUGUGGUCACGUUCAUAUGUAAGGCAAGUCUAAUUUGUUUAUACCUGUUCUUCAUUUCUGUAUCGCAUUCAAAGCUGUCAUUUUCAAAGGUUUUCAAAUGUUCCUUCUAAAUCACUGUUUUUUCUUUUUCUUUUUUUUUUUUUUUCAGUUCCUUGGUCGUUCUUGUUAUCCUGAUUGACUGUGCUGUUACUGGGGGAGCAUGGGUGGAGUGGUGUUUUUCUUGCUCUGGUCACUGUGUAAUCCACACAAAGUAAAUUGCCAAGAAAAAAAUGAUUCAUUUAGAAGAGGUUUGAGCCUUAACUUUCCUCUUUUUUCCAUCUCUUUUACUAUAGCCUUAAAAAGUUCAGUUGAAAUUCAGAACACUGCAGGUAAUGACUGAAUUACAGUGGAAUGGCUGCGGGAGAAGCACAACCAAGAGGGAAAUUCUGUUUGAAAAAAAAAUAUUUUGCCCUUUCAUGUGGAUUCUCACACUCUUGAUAUGUGUCUUGCCUGUGAAAGGAGAAAAGGCUGGGAGGAGGAGCAGCAGAGGCAGCAUUCCUCUCAGGAAUCAAGGACAUCCAUCCUGCCGGCAGCAGGAACACAGCCUUGGGAAGACAUCUGCAGGAUGGACGAUCCCCUGUUUUCUAUCACCAUCCCGAGGCUCUGUAUUUUACCUGCCCUGUUGUUCCCCAGAUCUCCGCUGCUAAACAAACAAAACCGAGGAGGGCAAUUCUACAGGACUGGUACCAAUGGCGGGAACCCUCCUCUGCCCGGGGUGAGGAGGCCAUUUAAGCGGAGCAGGGGGCCAACCCCGCCCCCUCCCGGCGACCCCCCGGGCUCGGCGCUCCGGCGGGCGCAGCUCCGCAGGUGUGGGCACCUUUGAAACGGCCGCUCCUGCCAACGGGACUCCAGCUGAAAUUCACGUGGCAAAGAAAGUGCCCAUUUGGCUCAAUUAUUUUCUAACGACUCCGCUCACUUGCGCCUUUGGUCUUGGCGGUACCCAGAUGGGUAAUUUUGGGGCUAUUUGCCUGCAUGCCCUUGUUUUGAAGGCGCAGAGGUCUGUGAGCUCAGGUACUUACAAACGCUUAGUGGGAAUUAACAACUGAAAGGAGAGCCCUAAGCACCCCGACCCGGGAUCACUGCGGCACCCGGAUUUCAAAGCGCCUGGCGUUAAUCCGGCCGGAUCUCGCUCUGGCAAUGGGGAUGAGGAUGGGGAUGGGGAUGCCAUGCCCGCCUGCCCGCCGGGGCUCUCUCGCGGGGCCGCAGCGGGUUCUGCCCGAAUUCCCCGCAGCAGCUGCGGGGGCCGAGCUGUGCCCGGUCGGUCCCCAGGUCGGAAGAGUUGGCAGCGACGUCUCGAAACUGGUAAAAAGAGCGCGGACAGAAGCAGAGGCCAGCAUGUCCCCUCAUCCCCCUCCACCACCACCCCCCAGCCUGAAACUGCCUGCGAGGCAGCGUGUGAGAAGCUGGGCUUGGGCAGAGCUCCGGGCCGGGAUCGCUCCCCGCCACCCCACGGCCCGGCCCGCCCCGGCCCGGCCGCUGCUGCCGCCCUGGCACCGGGGAGCGCCGGGGGCAGCGGUGCGGGGCCGGAGCUGCCCCGCAGGUCCCACCACCGACCCCCGACCGCUUGCGGGGACACCUUCGGGGUACGGUCCCCCGGCGGUCCCUCCUCCGCUGGGCUCCUCUCCCGCCCCGGUUACCCCGAGAAAAGGUGCGGACCGGCUGGAAGGGAAGAUGCCGGCUCCAUCCCGCCCCCGGUAGCAGUGGGAUGCUGGCGGGAACCGGAGCGGGCAGCUAGCAAGCCCGAGCCCUCCCUGGGAGGGGAACCCUAUAGCUAUCUUCUCACCUUCCCAGAGAGUACAUAUGUCGCCCCCGUUCUGCUUUCUGCUCAUUUUUAUAGCAGACUCUCCCGUCACUGCAGUUAUUUAAUAUGUGGUUCCCUGCUAGGCCUUGCUAUUUGAUUGCUGUCACAAAAAAUACCAGGUGAAAUUCCUCAUUGUUUCUGCAAUUACACCGUAGCCCACUGCUAUUCGCUUUUUCAGCCCCUAGAGUUAAUUGUUUUCCCACUGUACGCCUCGUACCAAAUGCACACAGAGCAAACAAAACCCCAAACCUUCCAGAACUCAUAUUUCUCAGCUAUUAUGUUAUCAGCAGGAAAUAUUUCAUAGCUCUGACAUCAUAAGCUCUGAGCAGCAUGAAGUUUAUCAGGGCCUUCACAUGAUGAAAUUGUACUUUUUAACACAAGAAAAUAAAAAAGAAGAACAUCUUUCUACUGGAUUUGAGCUGCUAAUUUUAAUUACUGUGAUUGCUGAAUCCAGGCAUUUUAAAUAGCCAUUUCUCAUACAAAGCAGGAGA